GCCACCGCCAACGCGGCCCGGACUCCGUCGGGUGGUGGAAGAUCGCGGCACUAAAAAUAAGGUCCGGAGGGGCAACCUCGUCGCUCGCAGCAGCCACCACCCGGCGGCCCGCUUGCCCUGCCAAGCCGGGCGAAGAAAAGAAACGCUCUUCCGGGCCCUCGGCGAGCUGGGCUCCCCAUUUCGAGCGAACCGACUGGACGCCCAAGCAGUGCGCGAUGGCGGGGAGUGCGAUAACCGUCCGCCUGGCCGGAGGCAGCCCCUGGGGUUUCCGGCUGCAAGGGGGAAGAGGCACUGGGCAGCCCCUGACCAUCACCAAGACGCGGCGCAAGAGUAAAGCCUACCAAGUGCUCCUCGAAGGCGACCAGCUGAUCUGCAUCAAUGGGCAGCCGUGCGAUAACCUUAGCCACGAUGAAGCCAUGGCUCUUGUCGAGUCCGGCUGCCCCGAGUUGGUCAUCGAAGUGCGCAGGGGAUACGAGCAGAACAAGGAGAACGAGAACAAGCCGAAAGACAACCCGCACCCAAAGACCGAAACGCAAGCCGCCGCAGCCGCGGUUCCAGUUUGGACAGCACCGACCGGAAGCUCAUUCUUUCCGAAGAUCUCUCCGACCGGAAGUAGCGCCUUUUCGAAGGGCCUGCUGACCAGUACGAGCGCUCUUCCGAGGACCGGCCCGACGCUGAAGGGGCCGCUAAGUGACCUGGGGAACAUCCCGAGGCCUUUCGUGCCCUUUCAGGACAAGAGUCCCGACACCAUGCGCGAGGUGAAGAGUUCGGUGGAGCAUAUUAAGGAUCCCCUCACGGGCAUCACCAAGGAAGUCCGCACUACCAUCGAGAAGGAGUCCCAGGAGACGCCUUCAUCGCUCUAUCGGAGUGUGACGGAGACAAAGAAGGAGACCUCGCAGCUGCCGUCGGGCGGGUCGCUACUUUCCACAACUACAACGGUGACAAACCGCUCGACCAGCACUAGCAGCAGCGCGACCAAGAAAGCCCCACCACCCACGGCGCCCAAGCCAAAGCUUAAGCUAAACACUGAGCUAGCCUCGGACGUGGCCCGUUUUGGUUUUCCUCCCGAGAGGCCUUGCUCCAGUGCCAGUGAAGCCAGUGGGCAGCCGGCGCCACAGGCUGCAGGUUCGCGGGACAGUCCGCUGCUGAGUCCUACGGGGCUCCUGCUGCUGCCUAAGUUUUACGAGCCGCCUGCGCAGAACUCCACAAUGGACGUGCACCCACUCAGCUUCCACAGGAAAAAAACUUUCUCUUCGUCAAGCUUCUACGAGGAACCUAACUGCAUUUACCCCACGGUAGAAGAACAAGUAGAGCUAGCUCGCAAAAUUGCAGAUUCUCUUUCGGCGGACACCAACCGGAAAUCUCGAGGCGCCAACAUGUUCUUCAAGAGGGUUAAACGCUCUCACAAGUGGGUUCAUGAAGCUCCCGACUAUUCAGACUCUGAGGCGACUCUGUCUGGCACAGAAACGUCCAGGGAGGAACUUGCGACACCAGAUCCAGCGACCGUGCCAUACAAGAUAAGCAAGGGCCCUCCGAAGCUGAAGCUUAUCCUAGACCCAAGACACCUACAAGACGCCAACACGCUGCGCUCAACGGGUAUCAGCAUCGUCGAGCACAACGCCAUCAGUCCAGAGGUGUGUCUCGAUCUGGUAAAAGACCUGAACUCACCGUGCGGCAAGGGCGCCGCCAUGUUCGCCAAGCGCAAGAAGAAGUCUGAAGACUGGGUGGUGGACGUGGAGCGCGUCAAAGCCCAGCUGGGAGAUCGCUGGCCGGAGCCGCACCAGCCGGUGGCUCCCAUCCGUGCUCCCAUCAAGACGCCAGUAGACCGUUUCAAAGAGUCGCUUGUCAACCCCCGGCUGAGGCUUGUCAAGAGUCCCUGGGAGGCGGCCCUCGAGUCUCCCAUUGGCAGCUGCGAAAAAGCUUUCGCCAUGGUGCGCCCCGAAGAGGUCGUCGAAAGCGUGAUCCGUGCCGCUGAAUCGAAGGGGGUCCCCGAACCGGCUGCCUACCAAAACGGGCUGUCUGGCGCCUACGAGCCAGCCACCUACGAGCCGCGCCCGUUCCCCACCCCUUACAAUCCAAAAGACCCAUGCUUGGCCAGGGCUCCUCGGGGCUGGCGGGGCACCGCCACGCAGCCCGCUCCCGAUCACAGCGGCGGCUCCUGGUCCAGCGCCGGCGGCAGCGCUGCCCCGUCCGAGAGCGUGAGUCCUUGUCCGCCGCUACAGACUGGCGGAGCCGUCCAGCCCAGCUCCCUGAGCCCACUUCCCACGUUCGGAUCACCAGCUCCGAGCAGCAUCAAUCUGUCCCAGUUCCAGAACUUCAACAGCCUGCCGAGGUCGUGGUCACCGCGCUGCUCCAGCCAAGCCACGUUUCGGCCAGUGAAGGCCCCCACCUUCUACACCCGCUAACACCAUGGUCGUAGUCGGAGGGGCCAGUGUCGAAGUUAGGCUGUCAUUUGCCGGCUCAGCAGGAACGCCACCCACUCAUGCCCUUGCUUAGUAACCAUAAAGGACCGCAGACAGCCGGUAAUAUCUUAGAAAUUACCUCCUUCUUUGAGGGACGGCGUAAGAGCGUACGUCGCCGCGCUGCCAAAGUUGUGGGAUGUUUAUCGCCUCUUGUAACGCCUUUCUUUUCUUGCCUUGCUUCUGCACUAUUACACACGAAUGUACUUACCUACGUGUGCACAAGACUUAUUUUAGGGUCCCGAUAACUCAACUAUUAUUUGCAUCAUUGAAAAAAAAACAGUACGUUCUUUUUUGUCACUACACUUUCUGUUGUCAACCACGCUUUUGAUUUUCUGCGCAUCGCUUUAAGUUUUGACCUCUGCAAUGCAAUAUGCACACAAAUUUUCGUACUACCCGGACUAUUCAUAAUUUGUAAUAUUCUCAAUGUCAUACAUAUUUCUUUCGUGCCUCGGCUUACCUGUUCUUGUUGCAUCGGCAGAAGACACGUCGACUUCAAAUGAAACUAUUUCUGACAUAUGCUAGUCUCCGAGCCUUAGGAGAAGCAGGAAUGCUUUCAUGAGUGAUAAUGCAGUGUGUGUGCGUGUGUGUGAGUGCAGAGAAGACACAAGAACAAGAAGCCAAAAAAGCUUCAUAUAGAGACUAAGAAGAAAGGCCCCGCCUAAAUAUAUAUAUACGCAACAAGUUGAAAUAAACUAUAGACAACAUUUUCUAGACCCAUACCAACAAAAACUCCAAGUGCAGCGAUGUACGAGAACAUUAAUCAUGGAGAAAAAAGGUUUUACAGAGCGAAAGAUGAGGACGACUACUUUAAUGAAGAUAAUUCUAUCAAUCAAUGUGGCAUCGCCGCCAGAUGAAGUUGGAAUGAAUUGGUGAGACAAAGUAGCUACUAUGUUGUGGCUUAACUUCAGAAAAGCGGCAUUGACCAUAUAAACAUUCUAAAUUGGUCAGACGACGCUAACAAUCGUAACGCAUUGCAAAGAAACUCCACGUUGUGGAGUGAUGUCUUCCCGAGCAGGACUUGCACUUCUCUUUUGAAAUGUCGCCAUGACAACCAAUAUAUCAAUAACUGUACUCGCCUAAAGUAACCUAUAUAUUUUGAAGACGCGAGGCAGCAGUCGUAAGUGGUCGCGCAGUAGUGCAUGACUACGUGAAAUGGAGUGCGAGAAGCACGGUUCAAUGUACAAGUAAUCUCAAAUCCGUCAACACCUAUAGCACGACUCGAUUCCACCUUGGAUUAAUUCAAAUUCGGCUGUGCGGAAUGCUUUACACAUCAGAGAAACGUCCACAUAUUCAUGUAAUUAACGACGACAUGUUUGGGUGCUCUUAUGAGCCACCAAACACGAAUCUUGCCCAAAUGCCCGACGGCUGGGCUUCGACCACUCGCGAAUCGUUCCUGCGUGGAUACGGUAACGAACUCGCUGCUGCAGGGCGAGGAUCGAAGAGCGGUGCGAAGAGUUCCUCCCGAACUUGUAUAAUUACAGCGUAUUUCUCAGAGUGCGUGACACAACUGGAACACAUGCGCUGGCACACAGCGGCCAAAGGAUGGUAGGUGCAACAAUUUCUCGUCAUCAAACACGCCCCAUGACAAUACACGUGUCAAUCGCGCGUAGCAAUGCAAAGGUAUAUGAAUAGUUAAUCAAAUUUCAUGUGUAUUUAGCCUCGUCAGCCAAAGUGACAGGCAGUGUGCGCUAUGAGCAACCAUGCACACUAUACAAAAACAAAGCAACGAUAACGUAACUUAACAAUCACCUUUCAAGUAGGCAAUGACUGCGCCGUCCUAGUGAUAUGUAGAAUAUUUCACUGCUAUCGUUAAAACAAACAUUGCCGCACGCACAAAGAUUUUCACAAGAUAGCGAGUGUCUUUUCUUCGGCUACGAGAAUUUCCUGCGGUGGCGAAAAUGGCGACGGGGUAAGGCGUCAAGCGAAGGGUUUAAGAACCCCAAACUGCUAUCAAUCAUGUGGUAUGACCUACUCCAUUUGUCUGCGCUCAACUGCUUCACUUACUAAGAUGAGCGUGAGUUUUUGAUAACGCUGAACGAGAAUACGAAAAGUUAGCGAAAAUAUAACAUAUUUGCGACUUCAUACGUGUAUGGCGUGCGUGGGCUGCACAUUUAGCAGCGCUUCGGAGAGCAACCACUUUCCGCUGUAAAUACUCACAAAGGAAAUGAGAAGAUGCAAGCGAAGUACCACGACAAUAUUGCUCUUCCACAAACGACCCUUCUUGCGUAUAGCUCAUUUGCUAAGACUGCAUCUGCGCUGGAGUAUUGGUCGUAGGCACAGUGCGAUAUAAAAGCGAAAAGCAGGCGCAAGGACGCCGGCAUGCCAUAAUACUUGGACGAAUAACAAGCACACGGCCUGUGUAAUGUAACCGCCACGAGAGAAGAAAACUUUUUUUUAACCCCAGUAGAUGAGGAAAACCAGCCUAUACUCCAGUUUGCACGUGUGCGAUCUUCUUGUCGAUGUUUGCUUGUUUCUCGACUGACGACGGAAUAAAACAUUUCUUCUCCCGUCUC